GGGAAGAUGGGGAGAGAGAGUGACAGAGAGACAGAGAUGCCCGCAGCCCUGCCUCGCCACUCCUGAAGCUUCCCCCUGCAGGUGGGGACCAGGGGCUGGAACUCAGGUCCUCGUGCGCCGCGACGUGUGCGCUCAGCUGGGUGUCCACGAUGGCCGAGGACGCCAGUGAGGAGAUCAUGUUCAUCUGGUGUGAGGACUGUGGCCAGUACCACGAUUCCGAGUGUCCUGAGCUGGGCCCCGUCGUCACUGUGAGGGACUCCUUCGUGCUGAGCAGGGCCAGGUCCUCCCUGCCCCCCAACCUGGAGAUCCGACGGCUGGAGGACGGGGCCGAGGGCGUGUUUGCCGUCACGCAGCUGGUCAAGCGCACGCAGUUCGGGCCCUUCGAGUCCCGGAGGGUGGCCAAGUGGGAGAAGGAGUCGGCCUUCCCGCUCAAGGUGUUCCCCAAGGACGGCCACCCCGUGUGCCUGGACACGUCCAGCGAGGACGAGUGCAACUGGAUGAUGCUGGUGCGGCCGGCGGCCGAGGCCGGGCAGCAGAACCUCACGGCCUACCAGCAGGGCGCCCACGUCUACUUCACCACCUCCCGCGACAUCCCGCCGGGCACCGAGCUGCGUGUGUGGUACGCCGCCUUCUAUGCCAAGAAGAUGGACAAGCCCGUGCUGCGCCCCGCCGGUGCCAGCCGCCCCGCUACAGGGAACCUUGAGAGCAGCACCCGGGCAUGUAAGGUGUGUGGCGCCGGCUUCACGGAGCUCCAGCUGCUGAAUGAGCACCUGCUGGGCCACGUGGAGCAAGCCAGGAGCCUCCCCCCUGCCGGCCCGCAGGAAGCCCCUCCCAAGAAGGAGCCCGAAGGACCCCGGGAGGAUGUGCCCCCGGCGGAGUCCCCCGCCACCCCCAAGGCCGCCGGCGCCCCCAGAGAGCAGAAGAAAAAGCCCCGAAGGGGGAGGAGACCCAGAGGCGCCCAGCCCGAGCAGCCUGCGGUGGUUGAGGGAGAGGCGGAGCCUGCCGAGCCCGUGGCCGAAGUCGUCCCCGAGGUCACCCCCCAGGAGCCCGUGACGGCGCCCCCGGGUGAGCGGCUCAUGGAGCUGGUCCUGGGGAAGCUGGUGCCCGGCGGUGACGCCCCCUCUGCAGCCAGGUGCCCCCCCCACGCGGGCGCCGGGCCCCUGAAGCGCAGCCUCCUCCUGGCCGGCCGCCACGGGCUGCGGCGCAAGCUGGGCCGGCAGCUGGGCGAGCACCGCCGGGUGCACCAGUGCGGCAUCUGCAGCAAGGCCUUUCAGAACAGCAGCAACCUCAGCCGCCACGUGCGCUCCCACGGGGACAAGCUGUUCAAGUGUGAGGAGUGCGCCAAGCUCUUCAGCCGCAAAGAGAGCCUGAAGCAGCACGUGUCCUACAAGCACAGCCGCAACGAGGUGGACGCCGAGUACCAGCACCGCUGCGGCACCUGUGAGAAGGCCUUCCGCAUCCAGAGCGCCCUGGACUUCCACAACUGCCGCACAGAUGACAAGACCUUCCAGUGUGAGCUGUGUCUGCGCUUCUUCUCCACCAACAGCAACCUGUCCAAGCACAGGAAGAAGCACGGCGAGAAGAAGUUCUCCUGCCAGGCGUGCGGCAAGCUCUUCUAUCGCAAGGACGUCAUGCAGGAGCACCAGCGCCGCCACCUGGACGGAGCCCGCAGGGUGAAGCGGGAAGAGCUGGAGCCCAGCGCCGAGAGCCUGGCGCGGUACAAGAAGGAGCCGUCAGGCUGCCCCGUGUGCGGCAAGGUCUUCUCCUGCCGCAGUAACAUGAACAAACACCUGCUCACACACGGGGACAAGAAAUACACCUGUGAGAUCUGCGGCCGCAAGUUCUUCCGUGUGGAUGUGCUGCGGGACCACAUUCACGUGCACUUCAAGGACAUCGCCCUGAUGGACGACCAGCAACGGGAGGAGUUCAUCGACAAGAUCGGCAUCUCCUCCGAGGACAACGAGGAGCACUCGGACGGGAGCACGGACUCCGGGCUGCACAAGUACAGCUGCAAGCGAUGCCAGCUGACGUUCGGCCGCGGCCGCGAGUACCUUCGCCACAUCAUGGAUGUGCACAAAGAGAAGGGUCACGGCUGCAGCAUCUGCCACCGACGCUUUGCCCUCAAGGCCACGUACCACGCGCACAUGGUCAUCCACCGGGAGAACCUGCCUGACCCCAACGUGCAGAAGUACAUCCACCCCUGCGAGAUCUGCGGCCGCAUCUUCAACAGCAUCGGGAACCUGGAGCGCCACAAGCUCAUCCACACAGGUGUGAAGAGCCACGCGUGCCAGCAGUGCGGGAAGACCUUCGCCCGCAAGGACAUGCUGAAGGAGCACAUGCGCGUGCACGACGACAUCCGCGAGUACCUGUGCGCAGAGUGCGGCAAGGGCAUGAAGACGAAGCACGCGCUGCGCCACCACAUGAAGCUGCACAAGGGCAUCAAGGAGUACGAGUGCCACCAGUGCCACCGCAAGUUCGCCCAGAAGGUCAACAUGCUCAAACACUACAAGCGGCACACGGGGAUCAAGGACUUCAUGUGCGAGCUGUGCGGAAAGACCUUCAGCGAGAGGAGCACCAUGGAGACCCACAAGCUCAUCCACACGGUGGGCAAGCGGUGGCCGUGCUCCGUGUGUGACAAGAAGUACGUGACCGAGUACAUGCUGCAGAAGCACGUCCAGCUGACGCACGACAAGGUGGAGGCCCAGAGCUGCCAGCUGUGCGGCACCAAGGUGUCCACGCGCGCCUCCAUGAGCCGCCACAUGCGCCGCAAGCACCCCGAGGUCCUGGCCGUGAGGAUCGAUGACCUGGAGCGCCUCCCCGAGACCACCACCAUCGACGCCUCCUCCAUCGGCAUCGUGCAGCAGCCGGAGCUGGGUCUGGAGCCGGACGCGGGAGAGGGGCGGCAGUCCAAGGCCGGGCGCCGCGGCCACAGGCGGAAGCACAAGGUGGAGGAGGGGGCGGCCGGUGCACCGGGCCCCGAGGACGCCGACGUGGGCGAGUUCCCGGACAAGGAGGCGGCCUUCCCGAGCGCCGGGGCUGAGGAGACCGACUCGGCCGUGCACAGCCUCCAGCAGGUGGUGGUGACCCUGGGCGAGCCCGGCGCGGGGCCGCCGUCCAGCUCCGUGGGCCUGACCAACAUCACGGUGACGCCCAUCACGUCGGCGGCCGGCUCGCAGUUCACCAGCCUGCAGCCCGUGGCCGUGGGCCCCCUGGCCGCCCCCGAGCGCCAGCUGCAGCUGGACAACUCCAUCCUCACCGUCACCUUCGACACGGUCAGCGGCUCGGCCGUGCUGCACCCCCAGCCUGAGGUGCCCGCCCCGCAGUCGGUGGCCCACUUCAUCAACCUCACCACCCUCGUCAACUCCAUCGCCCCGCUGGGCGAGCAGCACCCCCUGGCCUGGAGGGCCGUGCCCCCCUCGGACGCCCUGCCCGCGCCCCCACCCCAGGGCCCGCCGCCGCCCGCUGCCCCCGCCCAGACGCCCCCGGCCGAGCCCCCGCAGCAGCAGAUGUACAGCUACUGACCGACAGACGGACGGACGGGGCACCCACUCCACGCCGGGGACGCACGGAUGGGGACCGAACCCCCAAGUGGGCUGAGCGUCCGGCCCCCCGGCCCCGCAGCCUCUGCCGACUGAGCCGCGCGGGGGCCCCGGGCACCUGCCCCCACCCCCCGGAAGCACCAAGGACUGACAGAUGGACGGACGGACGGACGGGGGUGGGGUGUGUGCAGGGACGGCCGUGUCUCGGGCACCUGAGCGCUCCCACCCACUCCGGGCUGUGUGGCCCGCCACCCCCACCGGGUGCUCUGUCACCAGGGGCGACACACGGCACGGUCACCCGGCCGCUGGCGUCAGUGUGCAGAAGCUACCUCGACUCCGCCAAGCACCCUCCCCCCGUCCUCCGAGCUCCCCGGGCUGUGGGGUCCCCCAGUCAGCCCCCCCUGCCCCCCAUCUCUCCCGGGUGUCAGGGCCCUGGCCGGGUGGGGGGGCAUCUGCUGAGUCGCUUGCCGGAGUCUGCACUGGAGGGGGCCGCCCGGUGUGUCCCCUCAGCCUCCCCCACCCCAGCCACUCUCAGGACUCAGACGCCCCGACUGCGCCCCCCCCCCCCCAUGCUCGGGGACCCCUGUGUUCACUGGGCCGAGGGGAAGGUGACAUGUCACCUCCAGUCCACUGGAAGCCACGUCUCCAUCCCCAGAAUGUGUGGGUCUUCAGCCCCCACAGCCAGCCUUACUUGUCCCCGUGUCUCUGCCCCUCGUCCCCCAGGAGAGAUGAGUCCUGGGCGGGGGGCCUUCCUGACCCCCAGACCCAGGUGCAGACCUGGCCCCUGCCCCCAAGACUCAGUCCACCCCCAGCGGGGACCGAGCCGUCCUGACCUGCCGCCUGACAGGGGUACCAUCCGGGUUUUUAUUUAUGAUUAUUUUUCUUUAUUUAUGUAUAUAAUUCACUGCUUUUCUCGGCUCACCCAAUGGUCCUGGGCCAUGGGGGUGCAGCCUCUGGAACUUUGUCUCCUUCCUUGGAGACAAACUCACCGCCCAGGGUCCCGGAACUGUCCAGCUAUGGGAGCCCCCGGGCGCCUGAGCUAGGGAGGGGGAGGGGGCAGAGGGGCAGGGGUCCCGGGCCACUUUCCUCCUUUCUCCUGGCACCAUGGGCUCCUCUCCUGCCUCCCGGCCCGGGGUGAAGGAACAUUGAGAGGCCGGCUUGACUUUUUUUAAGUUCUGUUUGUGUCCGGAGUGUGAAGCUGCCGGCCACACUCCCCACGGAGCGCCCACUUCCCCAGGCCGGACAGUUCCAUGGUGUCUCAAAGAGGAAAAAGACGGGAAAGCAGAAAGCUGUGGAUUUGCGUCAAACAACCAGAGGGAGAGGAGGGAGGGAGAGUCAGCUGUUGUGGUGCCCGGGGCAGGUGGUGGGCAGGCGGGGGGGCAGGGGGGCCGGGCAGCAAGUCCUCUGCACCCCCAGACGCUUCCUGGGGGGCGGCUGGGACCCCUGACCCCGGCUGCCUGUGAAUUAAGGGGCAGUGAUCUGGGUCUCUGCAGAGCGGCUCCCGGGCUGCCGGACCCACUAGGGAACACUCCCGCCCAGCCAUCUGGCCCUUGGACCUACGGCCCCCCGGGGAAGAGGGGUCUCCUGGGGGUGACGACCACCUUGAGCAGCAAGCCUGCCCUCCCCCUCUGUCCUGUCGGCUUGUGUGACUAUCAAUAAAAGGUGCUGUCUCGGG